UGUCUCUCUCUUUCCACGCGGGCACACGCGACGGCAGGCGGUCUGCUAGCUAACCUGUCACUCGUUUCGCCACUUGCCUGCCAAUUUUCGUUGUGAAGCAAAUGUGGCAGAGCCUGAAAAAUGAAGAUUUUAACUAAUGAGAAAAAUCCCGCGGUGCUGAAACUCUUAGUUUCGGCGAGCUUGGCUAAAGUCGAGGUUACAUGUCAAGAUGUUUCUUUUGGUGAUAAGAAGCCGUGUGUUGCACAAUGCCUGCCAGUGUUACAGCUAGACUCUGGUUUAACCAUAGCUUCUGUCAAUCAAGCAGCACGUUUUAUUUUUCCUCCAUCAAGUUCAGCUGAAGCGGAAGUAGAUCAAUGGCUUGAUUGGGAUUCCUCUCAACUUCAGCCUGCUGUUGUGUACUGUGUAUCCUCUCCUGGUAAAAGCAACACUCGUCUGCAAUCUCUUCUCUCCGCACUUGAUGUAGCCGUGAAGUCUGGCGAAACUCUUGUGAAGGGUGGAAUUUCUGUUGCCGAUGUUUGUGUGUGGGUCUCCCUUUUUCCCAUUGUUGCUGAUACUAAACUUUGCUCUGAGUGGAUUGGAAGUCUUCAAAAUCUUAAAACCUGGUGGACAAAACAUGAGACAAACCCUGCAUUCAAGAUUGCUGUGAGCAAAUCUGGAGUAUUUGCUGGGCCACAGGGAAUUCAGACUUUAUUGAGCACCUCCUGGAAUGCCUCUGUUUCACAUCAAUCAUCCAGUGUCCCCAAUGAGUCUGAGGGAGCUCCUGACAAAAAGAAAAAGACCAAGGCCCAAUCAGCAACUAAGUCAGCCACAUCUCUUGAAAAUGGCCUUGAGCAGCUAAGUAUCUCUACAGGACCAGCAACAAGUGGCCCAGAAUGGGAGAAAGAGUUGCAGGCUGCAAAACUUGCUUGGGACAGCAGUCAAAAGGUCAAGUCCAAAGAGAAUGUAAAACCAGUAUUACCCGUAUCUGGAGAGCGCAACGUUCUUAUUACCUCAGCUCUUCCUUAUGUCAAUAAUGUUCCUCAUCUCGGAAACAUAAUUGGAUGUGUACUCUCAGCCGAUGUAUUUGCUAGGUAUUGUAGAUUGCGGAAUUACAACACCUUGUACAUAUCUGGGACUGAUGAGUAUGGAACAGCAACAGAGACUAAAGCUUUAGAAGAAGGCUUGCAGCCUCAAGAAAUUUGUGACAAAUAUAACGCCAUCCACAAUGAUAUUUACAAGUGGUUUAAUAUUGACUUUGAUCUCUUUGGAAGAACCACCAUUCCAGAGCAAACUGAAAUCACUCAACAGUUAUUUUUGCGACUUCAUAAACUGGGUUACAUGCACACUGAGCCCAUGGAACAGCUCCUCUGUCAGCGAUGUGACCGCUUUUUGGCUGAUAGAUUUGUUGAGGGUACAUGCCCAAAGUGCGCCUUUGAUGAUGCCCGCGGGGACCAGUGUGACAGUUGCGGAGCGCUCAUGAAUGCCACUGAGUUGAUCAAGCCUCGCUGCAAGCUCUGCAAUGAUACACCAGUUAUUCGAAACUCAGAUCAGUUUUUCUUGGACCUUCCCAAGAUAGAACCAAAACUUUCUGCUUGGUUUGACAAAUCAAGUAGUGGUUGGUCUCAUAAUGCUCGUGUUAUUACCAAAGCUUGGUUGAAGGAUGGUUUGAGGCCAAGAUGCAUUACUAGAGAUCUGAAGUGGGGUAUUCCUGUGCCACUGGACAACUACCGUAGCAAGGUCUUUUAUGUUUGGUUUGAUGCUCCAAUUGGGUACAUCAGCAUGACUAAAAAGUACACUAACAAGUGGAAAGAAUGGUGGCAGCCCAAGAGCAACACCAAGGUGGAGUACUUCCAAUUUAUGGCUAAAGAUAAUGUCCCAUUCCACUCCAUCAUGUUCCCUUCUACACUGUUAGCUGCUGAUGAAGGCUAUACAGUGGUUACAAAUUUGAUGGCAACUGAGUACCUGAACUAUGAAGAUGGCAAAUUCUCUAAGUCACGUGGAACUGGUGUAUUUGGUAAUGAUGCAAGAGAUACGGGAAUCCCUGCUGAUUAUUGGAGAUUCUAUCUCCUAUUUGUUCGACCUGAGUCACAAGAUUCCAAUUUCUCUUGGGACGACCUGGCUUUGCGCCUCAACAAUGAGUUGCUCAAUAAUCUUGGCAACUUUGUUAACAGAGCUCUGAUGUUUGUUGAAAAAACUUUCCAGAGUACUAUUCCAGAAAUGUACCUGGAAAAGGAAGAUAUAACAUUAUUAGCUCUUGUUAACCGAGAAUUAUCUGCUUAUGUAAAAAUGCUUGAAGCUGGAAAAUUGCGAGAGGGCUUGCGUCAUAUUUUGUGUGUUUCUCGCCACGGCAAUCAGUAUAUUCAAUCCCAGCAACCAUGGGUGAAAGCUAAGGGAUCUCCAGAGGAAAAGAAGCAAGCUGGCACUACCGUGGGUGUGGCAGCAAACAUUUCCUGUUUGCUUGCCAUUCUGCUUCAGCCUUACAUGCCUGAAAUAUCAAAAGUAAUGCAUGAACAAAUGAACAGUCCAAAAUCUAUUAAUGUUAUUACGGACUCUAUUGUGAAGCUGCUUCCUGCUGGUCACAAGAUAGGAAAGCCUGCACCUCUCUUCACUAAAAUUGAAGCAAGCCAAACCAGUGAUUUGAAAAAACGGUUUGCUGGAAAGCAGGCACCUCCUUCUGCAGCUCCCAGCAAAAAAGGAACUUCUGCUGCAGCUGCUACAUCAGCUUCUUCACAAACUGUUGAAAUGCUUCAGGCUGCAGUGGAUAAACAGGCUAAUUUGGUUCGUGAAAUGAAAGGCUCAGGCAAGCCCAAAGCUGAGUGGCAACCCCAUGUAAGUGCUCUUCUUCAGCUCAAGGCUGACUUAGCUGCUGCUCAGAAAGCUGCCGAAUCACAGAGCACCUCUGCCCCCUCCACUGCUUCUAGCUCAGAAGCUGCUCAACCUGCUCAAAUUGCGGAACUUGAGGAAGCUGUGAAAAAACAGGGUGAUCUCGUCCGGGAAAUGAAAGCCAGUGGAAAGAGCAAAGAAGAGUGGCAAGGGGAAGUUGCUAAACUGCUGCAGCUGAAACAGGCAUUAGCUGCCGUGCAGCCUCCUACAACCACAGCAGAAAGUAAACCCACUCAAUCUUCGGGCAGUGGGAAGAGCAAGAAUAAAAAGAAGAAAUGACAAAGGCACUAACUGCACCCCAGUGAUGAUGUUCUAAGAUGUUUCAGGUGCAGUUUUAUUAUAAAAUGUUGAGAUAUGUAAUUACAGAUAAUGGAAUCACACUAUCUGUUUGUUAUUAUCAUAGGGCUCUAUUUAUUUUGUCUGCAUUCUUGUGUAAAAGGCAUUGAGGCAUUUUGGACUGACUCUGAAAUGUGGUUGUGAUUGAAAUCUUGCUGUAUUAUAAUAAAUUAUUAUGGAAUUUUUACUUUUUAUGAUUUGAAUAAGAAGAUAGUUACAAUUAUCACUGCAUUAACUUAAUUUCCAGUUGUAUCUUGGAUGAAUAAACAAUUCCACUGAGGGGAUUCUGUUAA